AUGGCAAAGUUUGUAUACACAAAACCAGACGGAGAGGGUUAUCUGACUUUUACGAAACGUAAGUCGUAUUUUAAGUCGUGAGAGCGGGGCAGGUAGUGUAAUUUCCUUGUAAGAUUUUUUAUAUGUGCUCCUGGUACUACAAAGAAUGUGUAUAAAUAUUUUGAGCUAAUUUUGAGGGUUGGGUACUUUCCUUUUUAGUUAAUCAUUUUUAGAUUGUCCGAUUCUAACGAAACUGACUAGUGCUUGGUUUGACCACGACUUCAAUGCCUUUAAAUGUGCUGUUGAUCAACUAGAAUUAUCUGAUACCAAUCGUUUGACCGUCUACCAACAGUUCAAAAAUUUGAAGAUUGACAAUGAUCAGAUUCCAGUGAUUAACGCAAAGAACGGUGACACUUGUUUUCUCUAUUUUUAUAAAUUAAUGGACGGUCCACAAUUGACAUAA